CGGCGCGGACGCGAGCGGCGGGGCCUCUCUGCUCGGGACGGGCGGCGGGGCGCUCAACGGCUUCAGCGUCCCCGCGCAGAACCGGCUGGGCGACGACGACCUCCACUACAGCCUGUGCGCGGCCCUGCACAAGCACGCCCAGCGCCAGUUCCAGAGCCGGCUGCCCCCGUGGCUGGCGCAGACGAGCGUGCGGCAGCACACGCAGGCGCUGAACCCGCCGAUGAUGGGCACGCUGGGGGAGGCGGUGCCCCCUCUGCGGGGCUCGGGGGCGGGCGACGGCAGCGGCUCGAGCAGCGAGCUCGCGGACUCCUCGGACGCGGGCGCAGGCGCAGACGAGAGGCCCGGGGGCAGGAGGCGGGUGGCGAUCGGCCGCCUGUCGCUGUCGAUCACCUCGUCGCACGUAUGCUGCGAGAUCUGGGAGCGGCCGGGGGAGGGCGGGCGGCCAGAGGGCCCGUGGGGCCUGGCGGUCAUCGCCAGGCCGCCCUCCACGCAGCGGAGCAGCACGGCCGCUCAGGCCCAGAUCGACCACCUGACGGGCAGCCUGCUGGAGACGCUGGGCGACUCGCGGGCGGCGGGGGCCGGCCAGCAGGUGGUGGUCUUCCGCAGCCGCCGGCCGUGGCGCUCGCUCGUCACGCAGAACCAGAUUUGGUACAUGCUCAGCGAGGGUGUCCACCUGCACGCCCUCAUCUUGAACCAGCCACCCGCGCGCAUCAUCUCCAACCUGCUGGUCUUCGAGAGCCGCGCCAAGGCCUCCAAGCUCUGCGCCCUCAACGGCUGGAAUGCCAAGCAGCUCCCCGUGCUCACGCUGUUCCUGGGCCUGCGCUUCCGCAAGCUGCAGGAGAUCCGCCAGAGCCUCGGGCUCCUGCGCCCAGACCAGGAGAUGGAGGCCUGCCAAAUGAUCAUGGACUUCAUCCACGCCGGGUACUCGUGCGCGUCUCUCCUGCUGCCGUUCUCCCCCUCCCCGCAGCCCGUGGCGAUGGUCGUCCCGGCGGGCGGGCCUGUCCGCGAGCCCGGGCCGUCCGCGUCGCAGCUGCCGGCAGACCGGAGCUUCGUGUCCCGCCUCCUCGAGAUCUCCAUGCAGUUCGUCACGAAGCUGAUCCAGACGCGGGUGGCGCAGAUCCAGGAGUGCGAGGGCGCCUGCCGCGCUCUGACCUACCUCCAGCCGAAACACGCGGCCUCGGAGCCGCCGCAGUACGCCUCCAUGGUGCAUGAGCUCUCGCAGCUGACGGUGCACAUGCAGGCCCUGCGCGGGCUGCAGCAGCAGCUCAUCCGCUCAUUCGGCGAUGACAAGGCAUACGACAGCGGCAUCGUGAUCUCCUGCCCGCCGCAAGCGCCGGCUGCGGACCAACUCACUGCCGGCGAUAUGAAGACAGGCAUGGCGUCGCUGGACGCAGCUGUCUCACUGGCCACACGGUUGCAGGCAGGAGGAGACUUCGCUGCCAAGGACCGCGUGUCCGAGAUGGCGAAGCUCCGGGGGGGAGACAGCGCGGAGUCCAUCGUCCGCGGGGCGCUGAUCUCGGGCCGGGUAUCUUCAGCGCUGAACUGGUUCCACGAGCUCGCGCUACAGGACGGCUCGAGCGCGGCGGGUGCUAGCAGAGUCUUUGAAGAGUUCCGCGUCACGGCGGGGCGUUUGGCCUACCAGCUCGUCUGUAACCAGCAGCUCGACUUCCUCUUCGUGGCCAUACACAUGCUGCGAAACGUGGGCGAGAGCGUGAACAGGUUCUUCCGGGCCUUGGCCUUCCACACCUCCAAGCGCCUCGUGCGGCGGCGGCUCCUGCGGCACCUGCACCACAUGGGCAGGCUGACCGACAGCGAGCAGUCGCUCAUCUCCCUCGUCAACGUGCUCGAGCGGCUGUACACGAACCCGUGCUACACCACCGAGUUCAACCGCAUGACCACUGGGCUCGUGACGGGGCAGUACCCGCAGCGCGCGCACAGCGAGUCCAGCCCGCCCUUCUGCACGUGGCCGGCCGGCGGUCGCAGGAUGCUGCAGGUGGGCCUGCAGGUGGACGGGGCCAUCGGCGGGCACGUCGGGGUGGACACCGCGUCGGAGGACCUGGCCUUCGAGCAGCAGACGAGCCUGCGGGAGCUGCCCAUGUCGCAGCGCAUGCCGCUGGAGCUGUACGACAUGUGGGCGGGCUACCAGACGCCGGUGAUGGCCGCCAUGCUGGAGAUGCCCGGCGAGGCGCGCAGGGCGUGGGGCCACCUGCCCUGCGGGGACAUCGACGACCUGGACGCGCAGCCGGUGCUGGGGCUCUCGAACUUCCUCACGGGCUCGAACCUUGACAAGGGCCAGGAGAUGGAGUCCGUCGCCGACUUCGCCGACGACAAGAACGACGACGUCGACGUGCUCCAGGGGUCCACCGCUCAGGCCGCCAAGCGGACGACCUGUCGCCAGUGCCGACUGGAGGUUCCGCACGACGAUCUGGAGGCAGAGGAGCUUUCCCAGAAUAGCGGCAUCAAGGGCGCGACUGAGUUCUACAACGCCCUAGGCGUGGGUGAGGACGACGUCAAGCGGCACACGUUUGGCUACCUGCACGUCACCUUGAGUUGGAUGACGACCUGGAGCUGGGACACGCGGGCGCGCAUCAUCAUGGAGAAGACGCACUACUGGCCCGAGAUGGUGGAGUCCCUGGAGUGGCUGCGCCCGCCGGCCUCGGCAGGCCCCCCAGACUGCGCGUGGCGCAACUGCUGGCUGGACUUCCUCGUUGCCCACCAGGACUGGCGCGGGCUGGCCUCCUGGGUGCGCAACCUGCCGCUGCGCCUGGGCAACCGCGCGGACGAUCACGGCCGCAGCCGCGUGGACCUGACGCACCUCGAGGAGCGCGGCCUCCCGUACUGCACCUCCUACACGAAGGAGGUUGUGCUGCAGGAACUCGGGCGGCGAGGCCUCUUCUGCCGCGGCGACGUCCAGUCCUUCUCUGCGCUGCUGCGGCGCCUGGCGCAGUGCGGGCGCCUCUUCGGGGACUUCCUGCCGGUGGUGACCUCGCCCGCCGGCGCCUCGGACGACGCUGACGGCGGCGCCCUGCUCCCAGCAGAGGGCGCGCUGCCCCUCGACCGGCUCUUGCCUCGGAGGGUGGUGUGCCCGUUCCACAGAUUCUUCAUACACUUCUGCAUCGACCGCGACCUCCCCACAGCCAUGCUGCUGUACUUGCAGAAGUAUGAGCUGGCAACGAGGAUGGGAGACCUCAAGGCUCUGCAGCUCAGGCACGCGGAGAGGUCCUGGGCUUCGUUGCUCCUGGUCGGGCGACUCGGCAACGCCCACCUGUUCGCGGCCUCGCUACAGCACGCCGCCACCGUCUUCGCCGGAGAGGAGUGCGCCCCCACGCGCGGCGGAAGCAGACAGGCCGCGUGGCAGGACGCCGAGCGCGUCUACUACAUGCCCCUCAACAGCCUGGCGGCCCACAGCCCGGUGGCGUUCUUGGCGACACUGAUGUUCGCCCCCGUGGCGUCUGGGCUGGACGCGGCGGGGUCGCCGCAGGCGGUUCCGUGGCACGUGGAGGUGGGGCAGUUCCACCAGGUGGUCCAGGAGUACCCCGCGCUCCACGAGGCCUUCUUCCCAGCGGGCCUGCCGCCCGGGGGCCCGCCCCCGCCCAGUGGCGAGCAGGGGGCCGCGGACCCAGGCCUGGCGACCAGCCUGGUCGAGGCCGUGGCCGACGCCAACUGCGCCCGCUGGGCGUCGGGCAGGCCCGAUCAGCGCAGCGCCCAGCCGGUCGACGGCGGUGGGGGCGGCGGGCACAGCUGGAGGCUCAAGGACGGCGUGAAAGAGCUCGGGCUGGCAGCGGCGGGCGCGAACGAGAAGCUGCAGCACACGCUGGACGACAUGACCACCUUCAAGGAGGACGUGUCGCUGUCCACGCUGCUGGGAGACGUGGCCGCCUUCGACGUGCGCGAGGGGCUGAAGCCGCUGCCCAUCUUCGGGAAGCAGGACAGCGACGGGGCGGCGACGGUGGGCAACCUCUCCACGCUCGUGGCGCCCGGGGAGAAGUUCCGUGAUGAGCUGGGCGAGGGCUAUUUCUUGGCCCAGGGCCGGGCGAUGAUGGCCCUGCACGUGCUGCUGACCAAGUGCGAUUGGCGAAUGGAGCAGCGUGGCGAACUUCGCCGCGAGGCCCUGGUGCUGCCUGCCCAGGAUGCGAGGCGGUUGCACAAGGUCGCUAAGUCCGUCGCGCUGCACAACCUGCUGAACGAGGGGGUGGUCUCCAGCUCCGUCUGCCUGCUGGAGCUGUGCUCCCUGGAGACGGAGAUGCUCCGCGUCGACGUGCAGGCCGCUAAGCGCAUUUACGAGCACCUGGUGCUGAACCGCAGAGGGGCGGGCGGCGAGGACGGCGACGUGCCGCGGUCUGCGGCCGCCAGCGUCAUCGAGCUCUUCCUGUCCUUCCCGGACAUCGAGGACGCGGACGCGCCGAGCCGCGCGGCGGAGGCUGCCAUCAACUCGGGGCACCUGCUCACGGCUCUGCGCAUGCUCGAGGAGUCGACCUGGGCCCUGGACCCGCACCCCUCCGCGCCCACGGUGUCGUCCCUGCAGGCGCUGGCCUACGAUUCGCCCUGGCACCUGGUGGCCCUGUUCUGCCGUGUGCACUCCCUGCCGCGGUCGCUGACGCUGCUGCACGAGCUCGCGCGCAACAACGAUUGGGUCAUGUUCCUGCACGAGAGCGACCUGCAGCAGUGCCCCGGGGACACCGUCCUCGACAUCGUCGACGGCUACUUCACCGACGUGCCGCUGCAGAGCCACAUGCGGAACCUGGCCUACUCCAUUGCCGCCCAGGAGCGCAGCCUCGGCCGCGGGCUUCCGGACCGGGCCGACCGCAAGCCGGCCGACCGCAAGCCGGACGAGCUGUCGGAGCCGCGCGCCGAGGAGGCGGCGCAGGGUUCUCACGCACGGGGCGCGGACCGGCGCGCCGUGGACGCGAUCGGACUUCGGGGGUUGGCCAAGGGGGGGUGCUGA